AUGAUUCAAGUCAUUGUCCCUACUUAUUUGGUUUCCAAAUUCAAGUCUGAAAUUGCAUCUGGUAGCUCUUAUAUCAUGCAAAAUUUCAAAGUUAGGAAAAAUGAUUUCUCUUUUAAGUCAACCAAUCAUUCUUACAAAUUUGUUUUCUGUGGAUCAACUUCUGUUAAGAAAACAGACCUUUCUAACAUCCCUGUUUGCUUCCUUAACAUUCUUGGAUUGGAUUCCAUAGUUGAAGGAAGGUUUCAGUCUAAUGUUUUAGUUGAUAUUAUUGGAGGAGUUACUGAGAUCUCUCAAUCACAAGUAAAUGGUGACAACAACAAGAACAGGGUUGUUUUUACAAUUGUUAAUAGCAACAAAUUUGUUGUACAAUGUACUCUGUGGGGACAACUUGUGGUUCAGCUAUAUGAAUAUUAUAAGAAUAAUAACGAAGAUUCCAACAUUGUGAUUGUACUAAUAAAUGCAAGGGUUAAAGAGGCUCAAAGAGGGUUUCCUGUGAGUGUUUCCAACACCUGGAACGGAACAAAGUUGUUGAUUAAUGACCUUCGUUUUGAUGAAGUUAAGAAUCUAAAAGAAAGACUUGGUGUUGAUUUUCCGUUGUUAUCAUCUUCAAGCCUGCAAGUUGAAGCAACACAAAACUCAUACUAUUCUGACUAUGACAAAUUUGUUUGGAAAGAGAUAACAUGUGUGACUGUUGCUACUCUAGAUAAAUUUGAAGAUGGGAAGAUGGGCUGGUAUAAGCUUGGAGUAUUGACUGUUGACGGUAAAGCCAAAGCGAAGUUCAUCUUUUGGAACAACGAGUGUGUGAAGUUAAUUGGAAAGUUUGCUCUUCAAAUGAAAAUGGAUUUGGUAGAGGGAGGUGAUUAUGAUCCACUCGAAUUUCCUUACGGACUUGACUCAAUACUGAAGAAGGAAUUGGCAAUUAGAGCUGUAUUUCAGUCUAAGAAUGGCCGACUUUCUGUCAUUGGCUUCAAAGAUGAUGAAGAUUCCCGUACGAAAAUUAAGGACAGUUUCAAAUUUGAGGAGGAACCCUUAUCUGCAUCUGCAGAAUACGACCCGUCAAUUAAAAAUUUUGGGCUGACUCCGUCUAAAAGGUCUCUAACUGAUGCAAUGGAAGAUGUUGGUAGUGUCCAACAAUCAUCAACCAAGUUGACCAAAGAUGUUAAAAAGGAGAAAUAA